ACCUCCUAAACCCACAUGAGCCGCCGGUGAAACUAGUUUUUGAGCACUGAAAGAAACAAAAACUGGUAUAAAGAAUCAAGAAUAGAAGAUAAUUAUGGGUGUUCUACCGAAAAUCAAUAUUGUCGCAAGGCAGUUCAGAAAAUGUUCAAUGGCAGCCACAUCAACAUCUACAUCCUCAUCAGAUAAUAGUGUUGCUUCAACAGCUUUCGUGCAGGAACAUGUUAGACAAAUGCAGAACGAUAUAAUGGUACAACUAAUACCACAGGAUGAAUCGGGUGCCGUUGAAAAUCUAGCAGACUUGAAUGUUACAUCGAAUUUAGGACGAAUGACACAUUAUUAUUUUCAACAGGGUGGAAAAAUGUUACGGCCGACUGUAUCGCUUCUUAUGGGAAAUGCUUGUAAUUCCGCAGCGAAUCGUUCAAUUUCAGAAGAGUACCUGGCAAUGUUGUCAACAGAACGAUCAGGGAUCGCCGCUCAUUUAUCAGUAUGUCAAAAUCAGUACAAAAUAGGAAUGAUUGCCGAAAUGAUCCAUACAGCGUCUCUAGUGCACGAUGACGUCAUUGAUGAGGCGAAUACAAGGCGUGGAUCAGCUAGUGUCAAUGCUGUUUGGGGAAAUAAAAUGUCAGUGCUCGUCGGAGAUUUCAUUCUUGCUCGUGCCACGCAGAUUCUUUGCUCCAUCGGAAAACCCAACAUCAUUUCAGUUAUGGCGUCGAUUAUUGAAGAUUUGGUUUUAGGUGAAUUUAUGCAAAUGUCAACAACUCCAACAGAUGCUACACCAGUAGACAGAAUGAAGGCUUAUAUAGAAAAAACUCAUCGAAAAACUGCCAGUUUGUUCGCCAGUAGUUGCCGGUCUGCUGCUAUUCUUGCAGAUGGAUCAGAUUUGAAGCUUCAUGAAAUUGCGUUCGAGUACGGUCGAAAUUUGGGAAUCGCUUUCCAACUUGCUGACGAUCUUCUUGAUUUUAUAGCGACUGCUGAUGAAAUGGGAAAACCUGUGGCCGCUGAUUUGAAAUUAGGUCUCGCCACUGCUCCGGUACUAUACGCUUGCGAGCAAUAUCCUGAGCUCAAUACGAUGCUUCUUCGAAAAUUCAAGCAUGAUGGAGAUGCUGAAAAAGCACGGGAAAUUGUUGUAAAUUCGGAUGGAAUGGAUAAAACGCGAAGAUUGAUUGAUUCAUAUUCACAAAAAGCUGUUGAAAUGGCUUCAUCCCUCCCCAACCGCAAUGAAUCUACGGAACAUUUAAUCAAAUUAGCCAUGUCACAGUCGGAUCGAAAAUUCUAAAUUUUUGCUGAAAAAAUUGUUUCCCUUCUUGUUUUUCAUAUUUCUCUGUAGCUGUAGGAUUGUCGUAAAACCAGUUUUUAAACCACUUUCUGGUUUCUGGCACUCUUUUGUUUUUUUUUGUUUUUUCUAUGCAUUUUCGUCCGUUUUUUUGUAUUCCUGUAGUUCUCAUUUAGUUGCCGUCUUUUUUGUUGUUUUUUUACAGUCAGUUUUUUUAAGAUUCAGUCAAUUUCAUCAGUAGAAAAUUAUUGAAAUUUUUAGAUUUAUGAAAAUGAAUUCCUUUUUUUUU